UUUAUAACGCUUGAUGAUAAAAUAUCUAAACCUUCAACCCCCAGCCCCACGGCGGUAACUGGUAAAGAUAAUUCGGAGAAGAAAGCCAUGUCGAAUCACUGUUUAUCAAGUGCUCAUUUCCUCACUAUCGGAGCAACCCGCUCCUUUCCCUCGCAACGAAAACCAUUUCUCUUCUCCGUCCCUCUCUCUCCUCGCUCUCGAAACCUCCACUCCUCAAUCGUCACCGCCACUCCCAAAAAGAAAAACAAGAAGAAAUUGACUCCUGUUACCGAGGAGAACGAAGAGGAGGAGGAUGCAUUUGAACUGCUCUUCAAGCAACUUGAAGAAGAUCUCAAAAAGGACGAUUCAUCAAUGGAUGAUUUCGGCGAUGAAAUAUCGGAAGAGGAUAUGGCUUUGUUGGAACGUGAGUUGGAAGGUGUGUUAGGUGAUUUUGAUGGUGAAUUGUUGAACUCGGAUACUGCGGAAACACCGGCUGCUAAUGAGGCUGAAAAAACCAGCAAGCUUGGAAAUGAUGACUUGUUGAACCUUAGAACUUGGCAAUUGAAUAAGUUGGCUAGAGCCUUAAAAACUGGACGCCGAAAACUGAGUAUAAAAACUCUUGCUGCUGAGCUUUGUCUUGAUAGAGCUCUAGUUCUUAAUUUGCUGCGUAAUCCUCCUCCAAAUCUUCUGAUGAUGAGCUUAUCGAUACCUGAUGAACCCACACCAUCAGCAAUAUCUACGCCAGGAGAGAAUUUUUAUCAAGAAACAAGUGCAGAUAAUGCAGAAUCUGAACCCAAGUCUAACAUACCUAUUCAUACCAUGCAAGAGAAUUGGUCUUCUCGAAAGAGAUUGAAAAAGGCCCACCUUGACACUCUGGAGAGAGUUUACAUGAGAUCAAAACGGCCCACUAAUGCAAUGAUUAGUAAUAUUGUGCAAGUUACAAAUCUUCCGCGGAAAACAGUAAUCAAGUGGUUUGAAGACAAACGCGCCGAGGACGGAGUUCCAAAACAGCGCCUUCCUUACCAGCUCUCAACUAAUGAAACUGAUUGAAGAUUAUAUUUUCUUUGAGUUGUUUUGACUUAUGCAAGCAAUGUGAAAAAUGAAAAAUCUUAUAACUGUAUGGAAAAUUUUUUUUCACCAGCCUUAGGGAAUGAGUUAUAUAAGGAAUGCUGAUAAUGGUGAUUAUUUUAUUUGUUUGGUUAUAACACCGACAAUCAAAUUCUUCAAAUAAGAGUCUGCUGAAGUGUCAAAUACAUUAGGAAUUAAAUUAAUCAAUGUUUGUAUACAUCUUUUUUCUUCCAUUUAUUAUUAAUAUUUAUACAAUGUUGCAAACUGGCAAAAGUUGUUUCCAUUCCAUCCAAAAAAGUUGUGUUGCUUGGCGGAAAUCUCACCGUCGGUUCAAUAAAAUACUUUAAAUCCAA